AUGAGCGACCUGCCCAGACUCCCGUUGGAGCUUAUCUUCAACAUCAUCGCAAGCCUGCUGGGUCCCCCCCAAAUCAUACACAAUCCGGCUCAGUCAUCCACCAAGACCCUUCUCUCCUUCACCCUUGUCUGCCGAGCCACAUACCCGGUUGCCACCAACUACCUCCGCGAACAAUGCCUGUUCAUAGAUAAUGACAGGCGCCUGCGCGACCUGAUCAACACCGUCGAGUCCACCAAGCACAGGUUCCAGGGCUAUAGACUGACCAUACAGCCGGGCAGCAGCAUCCGCCCUAUAUCAAGCCUAUACCUGUCCCCCUUCGCCCGGACCAUCGACAACCAGCCGACGGCGAUAUGGAUCCGGGAGCUCUUCUAUCUCGUGCACCCCACGCUGCGCCGUCUCGUCAUAGACAUCCCCCUGCGGAGCCUCUGCCCCGCUGAUGACCAUCUCAGCGUGCGCAAGACCCUCAGGGAGGCCUUUGGCCUGCUCACCGCGCUCGAGGAGUUCACGAGCGUGCGCGACGAGCUGUACCUCGACGUCCUGGAGCCCGAGUGGCGCACGGACAGGGAGGCGGCCGUCUGGACAUUGUGGCCGAGACUGCGGAGGCUUGCGCUCUACAACGUAGAUGCCGACGAGAGGUUCUGGAAGUCGGUGAGGGCAAUGGGCGCACUGGACACUGUUGUUUUGACGCGUGCGGAUGGGCUGGAAAGUACUUGCAUGAAGAGUGAGUACUUUGGCACUGCGCCUGGGAGUGGUGCCAGCAAUGAGAUUGAAGUCGAGUCGGCACCCCCGCGGCCGCUCAAGGUGGUGAUUGUCAACACAUCGACCAACCAGCCCAAUUAUAUGGCGGGCAGGUGGAAGUGGGACAAGAUCGACCCGACCAACGUCAUGAAGGUCAUGACAUACGAUGUGCCUACCUCGUUCUACGGUGAUGAGAACCCUAUCUACCUGUGUCAGGAUUGGGUAAAAACAGCGGCGCUUAGAGGGGAGAUAUGGGCAUGGGAGGGGGACCUAGUAAGGGGAGGGCCACGAGAUGGGUUAGGAAACGCCAUAGUAUUCGAGUUAGAGGCAUGA